GGAGGAGGGAGAGAUGAGAUGGGUGGGGUGAGGGAUGUAUUUAAGGCGGUCCUGUCCCACAUCCUCGCCAUCAGCAGUGACCGCCUCCUCUCAUUCUACACCUGACUGACCCACCUGGAUUCCAGCUCCUCACAGGUAAGAGACCAUGUUAUAAAGGUGUGCUGACAGCAAAGGUUAUUUGUUAUUAUUGUAAGAAGCCACUUAGAGAUCCCAACAGUAUUGAUCAGCUAUAAAAGUUUCCAAUAUUUCCUUUUGCAACAGCAAAUGUUCCCAUCAUUUUACAUAGUUGUGAUAUAUGUACUUUAGAAAACAUCCACCACAGCAGCACACAGAUGGGAACCUUAGCAGCACAGGAAGGUGAUCACAGUUUAAAAGUCAUAUAAGUGAAAGAAAGGUUGGAACUUAAACCUGUCUGUGGUGUUUUCUGUCGCCCCCAGAUGAGCUAUAGUAAAAGCUAGAUCAGGUGGCUGGUUGGGGUGUUAGAGUUUCCUUAAGGUGGCUCACAUGUCCGGCUAGAAAGUCAAUUUGGGGAUCAGUUUAUCUAUUGUAGAUUUUUAUCAGAAAGUUGGCAACGAGGAAACACUUCCAAAGGAAACUGGGCACUGAUGUUUGACCCUCGUGUCACAUUCAGAUCAGAUGUUAUCCCUGUUGUUUCCAUGUUUCUUAUGUUGGCUUUCUCUCAACUUAAUUAAUAACGCAUAGAAACAACAGUUUAACUGCUAUAAUGUUGGAAAAGAUUGUUCCACACUUGAUGUUUUUGCUGCAUCGAUUCUUUCUUCUCUGUUCCUGUCCAGAAUGUCUUUGCCCAAAUCCGAAAAUGGCUCUACCUUGGAGAAUGCCAUGCAGCUCAUGAUCCAGACAUUCCAUAAGUACUCUGGAAAUGAAGGGGACAAAUACACACUAAGCAAAGCUGAACUCAAAGAGUUACUGACCACGGAGCUUGGCAACUAUCUGGGGAGCGCCCAGGACAAAGAGGCUGUGGAGAAGGUCAUGAAGGACCUGGACUCCAACAAUGACGGUGAGGUGGAUUUCACAGAAUUCAUCAUUCUGGUGGGAGCUCUCACUGUAGCCUGCAAUGACUUCUUCUUGGAGUACAACGACAAGCCAGAGAAGAAGAAGUGAGCACCUCUGCUGCUCAAAAAUAUCUACAUUGCAAAUUUAGAUGCUGCAGGGAAGGAGGCUGGAAAAAAAACACCCAUCUUAUUUAUCCUGCCAUGGAGCUUAGUUGCACACAAACAUGUAGCAACUUGAGCAGAGAUUGUUGGGUGUUGAUGCAUUUGUUUGCAAAGUAUUUCUUGAAACUGUAUUAUUGCAGUAAUACUAAAAAAAAACAGUCUAAGUGAGCAGAAUUCUGUAAAUGUGAAUUAUUUGGGUUUUUCUUUCAUGAUUUUGCUACAACUAAAGCUUUUCCUCCCUGGAAACAAUAAAUGUCAACUUGA